AUGCCGAGCAGCGCUCGCCGGCCCCAGCAGUGCCCUCUCCUCGCCGCCUUCUGCGCCUCGCUCGUCGACGGGCUCGCGCGCCUCGAGAGCACGCUGUCGUCGUCGGUCUCCAUUCGGUGGUGCGCCGACGCCAUGCGGUUGGUCAGGCGGAUGCAGCGCGACCUGCUCGCCGUCUUCAGGAGCGCUGACGCGCCGGUGGCGGCCGCGGACUGCCACGGUGCCGGAGACUCCUGGCUGGAGCAGUACAUGCAGGAGACGGCGGCGCUCCUCGACCUCUGCAACGCGCUCAAGUCCGCCGUGUCGCGGAUGCAUCGAUACUGCAUGGUGGUGGACUUCGCCGCGCAGGUGCAUGGCUGCCGUGCCGGCGCAACCGCCGCGUCGCUCGUCGCCGCCGGGACUGCAGCGUCGGAGGGGACGGACGCACCGUCGUCGGCCGUCGCUGUCCACGGCAAGCUCUCGGAUGUGAGGGCCGUGGUGAGCGAGGCAGAGAGGCUAGGGAGAAAGAUCCUGUCCAGCGGCGGCGGUAGCGUAGUUCUCGUCACGCUCGUCGCCAAGAUCACAAUGGCAGUCGUGGCCACCUCCGUGCUCCACGCGCUCACCCACACAUCACCUCUUCCCCCUCUCGACGACGAGGACGACGUCGGUGCCGGCGGCGCGCACCAGUGCAGCAGUGCGCUCGCCCGCGUCCCCGUCCCAGAGCAACUGAGGCCGUGGCGCGAGUCGCUGUCGGCGAUCAACGACCGGGUAGCGGCCCUGCCGGCGAGCAUCGCGGAGCACGAGAGCGUCGCAACGGCGGUAAGGGACAUGAUCGGCGGCAAGAUGGAAGGAUCAGAUGAUCAUGUGGAGCUGCUGAGGGCGAGGUCCGGCGAGCUCCGGGAGGGGGUGGAGACGUUCGACUGCGUUCUUGAUCAAGUCUUUGACGAGGUGAUCAGGGGCAGGAAUGAGAUGCUGGGGAUCUUCAGAGACAAGGCUCUCACGUAGUGAAAUCGAGGGUGGAUUUUAAUUACCUCUCGGUUUUAAUCUUGUGAGAAAAAUUUGUGAUACUUGUGUUGGAUUUGAUUUAUGUUAAAUUGCUAAUUG